AUGAAGGAUCUCCAUGUUUUGAAGCGAUCAAAGUAAGUCAAUGCCUCAGGGCAAUAUCAAGCCCUAAGGGCAAUGGGAAGACAGGUGUUUCCCUGACCCUUGGCACUUUUGUUUCCGGAAAAACACACAGCCUGAGGGGUGUUUCGAGCGCUCGGAGGUGAUCUGAACCUUUGUCUUCCGAUUAUUCUAGGUUUGUAUCACUAUUUACGGAAAUGUGACGAAAUUUGACCAGAAAAACAAUGUCCCCGCCUCGCAAAGGGCUAUUUAUUGUUGUGUUUAUGCUCUCUUCCCACUGUUUCUUGUUUCAGAGACAUCUCCGAGUUGACAAUCAUGGACCGCAUUCAAAAUGACAUCGAUCGAGUGGCCAAGGAGCUCAAGAAGGAGGGAAAUGACAUCUCCAAGUGUAAGAUGACUGUAUUAUUUAUCGCUAGAAAUCUGCUAGCUUUUCUAAGGGCCUAAAAGAGGUUGUUUUCGGACUGUUUCAAAAUUGUUUUCCCAAAAUUUCGCACUCAUUUUUGGAUUGCGAGGGAUUUCGGUCGGUUCCCCGGAUCGAAACUGGUAAAUAAAUUUAUUUUAUCGACUCAGAUCAUUUACCAAACUUCUUCGAUGCUAUAUUUGAAAUUUCAGCCGUCAAUUCGAAGCUGAACGACAUGUCCUCCAGCUAUUCUCAUCGCACCAUCGACUACACCUACCCCGGUGUAAUCUACCAACUCCGUUCCGCGCAUCUGGUCGGUCUCUUUGUCCAAGCCUUGGCCCUUUAUUUGUGGUCCAGGGAGCUGGGUCUGACCGGGUUUUUGCUGCCUUUUAUCGUCAUCUGCCUCAAUUUUUAUCUCGUUUUCAAACGCUGGUAUUACUCGAUCGAUGGCCGCUACGAUUUCCAGAAAUUGAUUGGAGUCAACAAGAACCAGCUCCGCUUACAUUACUUUAUCGGUGGGCACUUUUUGUUUGCUGCUUUUAGCUUGUUUACUCGGAUUAUUUCGAAAAUUUUGUUUGUUUUUCUAACCCUCCCCUCCCGAAGACGCCCAUUUCUUUUGUGAGUGGGAAAAAGACGAACGGACGGCGUGCUUCCGUGGCGCAAUCGGUUAGCGCGUUCGGCUGUUAACCGAAAGGUUGGUGGUUCGAGUCCACCCGGGAGCGAGUAGUUUUUUAUUCUUCUACAUUUACCACGGGGAUUUUUGUCCCAAUCUAAUUUUCCCUCUAUAUUUUGAAGUCAUUGAAAAAUAUGUUUUAGCUCUGUUCGGAUCGCUAAUUUUGUCGUUGUUGGCCCAUUUCCUUGGUCCCGAUCUCAGCGGUGGUUUUACGACUUUCUUGUACAAUAUCAGCAACUAUCUGAGCGUCUCCUGCGCCAUCUGUAUCGCCGCUGUGGACUGCUACGAGGGCUACAAGACCAAGAAUUUCUAA